UUGCUUGCUCUCUCGACUCCUCUCCCCUUUCUCUCUCUCUCCCCCAACCUCCUCUCUCUCCUCACUCUCGCCUCGCCAUUAAAACGCAAAGCUCCAAAAACAAUACAAAAACUUCGGGCAAGAAAAUAAUCUUAUCUGCUCCCUGAUCCCACCUUGAACCAUCCCAGUCCGCGAAUUCCUCCCCCGAUCGCCCCGGAUUUUUCCUGGAUUUUUUCCCAGAUUUUUCGAGGACUUUUUUCGUUGGUGGUCGGUUUCAUCGCCAUUCCUGGGCGGGGUUAGGAUUAGGGUUUGUGGGGAUGAGGGUGCACGGGGAGGUGUCGGACGACGAAACGGUUGCCGGUGCGGCUGUGGCGGGGGAGCCUGUGCCCUUGUCCCCGCCGCCCGCCCAGCAGCGGCUGGUGGUGGGCUACGCCCUCACCAAGAAGAAGGUCAAGAGCUUCCUGCAGCCCAAGCUGCUCGCGCUCGCUAGGAAGAAAGGCAUUCAUUUCGUAUCAAUUGAUGAGACUCGUCCUCUCUUUGAACAAGGCCCGUUUGACAUUAUUUUGCACAAGCUUACUAGCAAGGAGUGGCAGCAAGUUCUGGAGGAUUAUCGUGAAGAGCAUCCAGAAGUGACUGUCCUCGAUCCACCAAAUGCUAUCCAGCAUUUGCACAAUCGCCAGUCCAUGCUUCAAGAAGUUGCUGAUCUGAACUUGUCCAAUGGCUAUGGCGAAGUUUGCACUCCACGGCAGUUGGUGAUCAUGAAAGAUCCGUCUUCCAUACCUGAUGCAGUUAUCAAGGCUGGACUAACCUUGCCCUUAGUUGCCAAGCCAUUGGUUGUUGAUGGAACAUCAAAAUCUCAUGAGCUAUCCCUUGCAUAUGUGGAGGCAUCACUGCCUUUGCUUGAUCCUCCUUUAGUUCUUCAGGAAUUUGUCAACCAUGGUGGGAUCCUUUUUAAGGUAUAUAUUGUUGGUGAAACUAUACAGGUUGUCCGCCGGUUUUCACUUCCUGAUUUUAACACAUAUGACUUGGGAAACAAUGAUGGCAUCUUUCGGUUUCCAAGAGUUUCCUGUGCCACGAAUAAUGCAGAAGAUGCAGAUGUUGACCCUUGUAUUGCAGAACUUCCUCCAAAGCCACUUCUAGAGAAACUCGGCAAGGAGCUUCGACGCCGACUGGGUCUUAGACUGUUUAACAUAGAUAUGAUUAGAGAACAUGGAAGAAAGGAUCGGUACUAUGUCAUUGACAUCAACUAUUUUCCUGGGUAUGGCAAGAUGCCAGGAUAUGAGCACAUAUUUACUGACUUCCUUCUAAGCCUCGUGCAAAGCAAAUACAAGAGGCUUUUAAGCGGGAGCUGAAGCAUUGCCAAGAUGGAGCCCAUUAACAGAUGCCAGCCAGCCAUGUAACAGUGGCAACUAAUAGAUUUUCUAGGUUGUACAUAGCAAUGGGAUGGGUGUUAGCUUUGACAGGAAGUGCAUAUCAGAAAUCAAAGAAAUGCAGCAUGUGGGUGGGCGUAGUAUUAGAAAAAAAAAUGUUUCUGGUCCUGCGCCCAACCUGUGUAAAUCAUUUAACUGAGUGCCUACCUUGAAUGUCAAGCGUCUUUGCACCAAGGUGUUGUAGCUAGUCCUCUUGAGAUGCGAGGCUUGCUUUCAUCCUCUAUAACCUGAUGCUAUGUUGUCGAUUGAGGCGUCAGCUGAUUUCGUGGAUACAGUGGAUACUUAGAACAUCUUUCUGAACUUAGAAGAUAAAGGCAAACUGGACAACUCAUGGAUUCAUUUACCAGCUGCUACUGAAGGUUCCCCUUGA